AUGGGACAGUCAUCCCUUCCACUGUCAUGUAAGGCAUCGAUAUCAGCCCAGCCCCUCCCCCUGAAACCAGUGGUAAAGUCCACCCUCAACAGGUCACAGUCUGAGGCUGGCUCAACAAGUAGUGAGCUUUCUGUCAGUGCCGAGGAAGUCACGGCUGCUAUUUCUGCUUUCAAAGACGGCAAGAGCCCCAAGCCUCGGAUAAGGACACAUCCCAUUUUACCAGAGAAGGGAGAGAAGAAUAUCCUGAUCACCAGCGCUCUCCCCUAUGUGAACAACGUGCCCCAUCUGGGGAACAUCAUCGGCUGUGUGCUCAGUGCUGAUGUCUUUGCCAGGUUCUGUCGGUUACGAAACUGGAACACCCUGUACAUCUGCGGUACAGACGAGUACGGCACGGCCACGGAGACGAAAGCGUUGGAGGAAGGUCUCACACCGCAGCAGAUCUGCGACAAGUACAACAAGAUCCACUCGGAGAUUUACCAGUGGUUCGAAAUUGGCUUCGACUUCUUUGGGAGGACCACUACACCACAGCAGACUGAGAUAGCCCAGGACAUUUUCUGGAGACUCCACAAAAGGAAUUUCCUUCUGACAGAAACUGUAGAGCAGCUCAAGUGCCAACAAUGUGACAAGUUCCUGGCUGACAGGUUUGUCGAGGGGACGUGUCCGCUGUGUAACUAUGACGACGCCAGGGGCGACCAGUGUGACAAAUGUGGCAAACUCAUCAACGCAACUGAACUCAAGAAACCCAGAUGUAAGCUAUGCAGUAAGACGCCAGUGGUGCAGACAUCAGAACAUCUCUUUCUGGACCUGCCCAAGUUGGAGCCCGCCCUGUCAGCUUAUCUCACACCAUCUACGACGGACGACUGGUCCAACAAUGCCAAGGUCAUCACAAGGUCGUGGGUGAGGGAUGGGCUGAAGCCCCGCUGCAUCACGCGUGACCUGAAGUGGGGAACUCCUGUGCCUCUUGAGGGGUUUACGGAAAAGGUUUUCUACGUGUGGUUUGACGCUCCCAUUGGCUACCUGUCUAUAACGGCUAACUACACCGACCAGUGGGAGAAGUGGUGGAAGAAUCCACAACAGGUGACGUUGUACAACUUCAUGGCGAAGGACAACGUUCCUUUCCACAGCGUGGUGUUCCCCUGUAGUCUGCUGGGUGCUGAGGAUAACUACACACUUGUCAACCAUCUACAGGCUACUGAGUACCUGAACUACGAAGAUGGGAAGUUCUCCAAGAGUCGCGGCGUGGGCGUGUUUGGUAACAAUGCAAAGGACACUGGGAUACCUGCAGACAUCUACAGGUUCUACCUGCUGUUUGUCCGACCAGAGAGUCAGGACAGCACCUUCAGUUGGGAAGACUUCAUGACCAAGAACAACAGCGAGCUUCUCAACAACCUGGGCAACUUCGUCAAUAGGGCCCUGAUGUUUGUGAGUAACUUCUUCCAAGGCGUGAUACCAGCUGUAGAUGUGACAGAAGAUGACGGACAGCUGUUAGCUCAGGUCAACAGGGAACUGCAGGCCUUCAUACAGUGUCUGGAGAAAGUCAGACUGAGGGAGGGUUUGGUACGAAUCCUGAACAUCUCUCGUCUGGGUAACCAGUACAUCCAGGGACAGAAACCCUGGGUACUGGUCAAGGGCAACCCGGGCGAGAAAGCGCGAGCAGGAACUGUGAUCGGUUUGGCCGCUAACGUGGCCUGUCUCCUGUCAGUGAUGGUUCAGCCGUACAUGCCUGCUACCAGUCACACCAUCCAGCAACAGCUACAGGCCCCCGCUGAGGUCAACAUCCUCACAGACACAUUUGUGUGUCAACUACAAGCCGGACACAAGAUUGGAAAGCCCAGCCCACUGUUCCAGAAGAUAGAGGCCUCCACUAUGGCUGAACUGAAGAAGAAAUUUGCUGGCACACAGAUGGAGAGACAGGAAAAAGACAAGAAGAGUAAGACUGCUGCCCCACCUGUGCAGAAUGCUGCACCUGUUAAAGUGGACCAGGCUGAGGUGGACAGGCUCACAGCUGAAGUACAAAAACAGGGAGACACUGUACGUCAGCUGAAGACAGACAAGGCGGAGAAGAAGCUUGUCGACGCGGAGGUACAGAAGUUACUCGCUCUAAAGCAGCAGCUCGCUGCAGCUAAGGGGGAGAACCCUGCCGAAAUUAUCGGUGGGAAGGGCAAGAAGAACAAAAAGGGCAAAAAAUAACU